AUGGCCGACGUCGCGACCGGAAAUGUGGGGGACACCAACCCGCAAUUUCACGACAUAUCGGCAAACCCGAUUGAUCCCAAUGAAGUCCCAUCCUUGAACAAUCCGAUUCAAUUCGCACAGGAUGAUAGUGAUAGUGAGGAUGAGGAUAACAAGCCGUCCCAUCAGGGACAUGGUCUGCCAGCGAUUGCAAUGACCAAAAUUCAGAAAGUUCGGACACUGGAGCACAAUGACACCGACCCGAGUGGUUGGAAACAGGCAUUAGCGUACCAGUUGAUCCCAUACGCCUUGGAAUGGUUACUAGAUAGUGACGUUCCUCGACCUCCAAAGUCGCAUGCUUCAUUCGAAAGAUGGAAGUACUGGUCUCGCUUGGUUGCAAGCUGGAUGUACAACCAAAUCGAUGUGACACUGCAAAAUAAACUACGCAACUUGUCAAAGAUGCCUAAGUAUGCUGAUCAUCUGUACGAUGAACUUACGGCCAUGACACAGGGUAGUGACCGGAUGCAAACGGCGUUCCUCGAGAUGCGCAAGUUCGACAAGAUGAAACGUUCCGACUACAACUCGGCAAGCGAGUACAUCGAGGAAUACCAGCGUCAGUACCACGUACUUGCUAGAUUCAAAGCAGCACCACACCCAGCACACGGAUUGUCACAAGUUCUCCAAAAUCUUGAACUGGAAGUCAAGAAGGUCCAGUUCAUUAGGGAGGAAGUCGCAAGUCUGGAACCCAAGAAACUCAACCUCGACAAGGUCGAGGAGUACUGGAGAGCACUGCAAGCAGCGGCAGACAUGGAAGGUGUCACUAAUGCUACGUACAACAAUAACAAUGCCGGCCGAGGCCGAGGUAAUGGAAGAGGUGGUCGUGGUGGUAACCGAGGUGGCCGAGGCGGUCACAACAACGAUCACAAUGACGACAAUACCCAACCAACCAGAGACAUCAAUGCUAUCGACGACGACACGGCAGCAACUACGAAGAAGAAGAAAAGGAAGCUUCGCAAGCAGCCUGCCGAUGGCAAAGACAUUCAUGAAUACGCAAAAGAAAUGCGUAAUGGCACACAAAAGGAUGACAAUACCAUGUGCUCAUUCUGCGGUUUUGGACCACACAAUGCAAAGAGAUGUGCCUACCUCAGCGACAACCCACCAUCAUCAUGGGAGCCAUCAGGUAACCUGUGGGCCUAUUCAAAGGCUAUCCAGAAAGCCCAACGUCAAGACGGACAGAACAAUAUGGUCGUCGCAGCUGCCAAUUCGGUUGACAGGAAGAACGAUUGGUUGUUAGACACUGGUUCUGACAAGACAUUGACACAUGAUCUCGAGGACUUUCACACGUACCAGCUGGAUCACCCUGACACUGCCUAUGCGUACAAGGAUUACUCUGGCAACAGAGUCGUUACACUAGGCCAUGGCGAAGUCAUUGUGAGAACAGCCUUACCAGGACUAGAUGGAAAGACAUACUCGUUCAUGACAACUGGUUACUACACUCCUGGGGGACACGGCAAGCUGUUUGGCAUGCAAAAGCUUCUCGAAGAGCAAGACAUCUCUUAUGACACGCGUACCAAACAUCUCACAAAUGGAAGGGGUGACAUCCUAGGGUAUGCGGACACGUCAACUGGUGUUCCGUACCUAGUCAGUCCAAAGGACGACGAUGACCCCAAUGAGAUCAAAACAGACACAGAUGACGAUGAUGAGAUCGGAUUUGUGAACAAAGUGACUGCGUAUGAGAUCCACCGACGUCUCGGACAUGCUGGAAAAGCACGAAUUGCUUCUACACUGCAACAUGCAGAACAACUAGGUGACGAUGAACAAUACGGCACUGAGCAUUUUGACUGUGACGCCUGUUUUCAAGGCAAAUCAAAACUCAAGAUCUCCCGUCAACCACAGGCAAGGGUACAGGACGUGGCAUGGAAGUUUCACGUUGAUACACAACCAAUGAAGCCUACUGGACCGAACGGAGAGAACUACUGGCUGCCAAUUGUCGACGAUGCUUCUCGUUUUAUUAAGGGGAUCAUGCUAAAGAACAAGAGUGACGCUUUUCAUAAGCUUACUGCGUUCUGUGAGAAGAUCAAACUACUCACUGGUAGAUACCCAGGCAUCUGGCGAAUGGAUAGCGGAACAGAGUUCAAAGAGUUCAUCAAAUGGGGUGAGAAACGUGGUAUGACUUUCGAGGUCACACCACCGUACACUGCCGAACCAAAUGGCACGGUCGAGCGAUUCGGAGGACAUAUCAAUGACAUUCAAAGAACCAUGAUCAUCGAUGCCAAAAUGUCGGAAGACAUGUGGCCGUACGCAACUGACACAGCCAUCUAUAUCUACAACAGACUAAUCAACCCGAAGACUAAGAUCUCACCACUGACGCACUGGCGUCAAGAGCUUGAAAUUCCUAACCCAGAGCCUUCUUUAAAGCACCUUAAACCAUGGGGAACAGCUGCAUACGUUCACAUUCCAAAGGCCAAGAGAUCACAGGCAAGGAAAGCAGCACCUAGAGCAUGGAAAGGUAUGCUAGUCGGUUAUGAGGGGGACGGAGGUCAUGUCUACAAGGUGUGGGAUCCAACCAACAAGAAACUGGUCGUGUCGCGGGAUGUCGGUUUUCCACAACCUGGUGAUGAUGAAGAUGACACGGAUCUGUCGACAAAGGAACCACCUACAGAUCCAAAGGACCCAGAUGAUGACGAUACUGUCGGAUUCAUGCCUAUCUCGUUGACACAAGGUAAUGAAAUCUUGAAACCAGAGGUUGAGAAACAACUGGUAGUGAGUACGUUACCGGCACAGACACCAAUGCGUAUGACUGUACAAACACCGGUUACGCCGUCUACAAUUCAUCUACCAACGAUCUACGGCAGUGCGUCUACGAUGCCAGAAACACCACAAAAGGCACCACCACAGAAAACAAUUGCUCCACCAAUAAAACAGCGCAAACUAUUUCAAAGCUUUCUCCCAACUGUGCGAGAAGAGCCUAUGAUGACAGGCGCGAGAAUCACUGAGAUCACUAACCCUCCUACUGAGAGUGUUUCACAAGUUUCUGAUGACAUUUCACGGAGGAGAGAAGAUUUCGGGAGGAGACUUCAACAACUGUCGAGCCAGGUGUCUCAGUUAGCCGAGAGUAUGGAUGACGUUCGUCGAGAUGCGAACAAUAUCGAGUCAGCCAUCACUGAGGAAACAGAUGACGGUACUUCUCCAGUGAGACAGGAAGCGGUUUACGAAUACCCAUUCUCGUCUCCAAUUCAACAAGCUAGUGUGUCACCAAGUCGUGAGACCACACAAGCUUCAACAAAUACCCAGGUCAGUGUGUCACCGAGUCGUGAGAUCACACAGACCACGCCUGCUCGACAAGCCAGUGUGUCACCAAGUCGUGAGAUCACACAGGCUAUCGAAACAAGUACUGAGAACACACCGGUUACCGCAAGAUCAGAGAUGUCGCCUAGUCGUGAGAUCAUCUCAAUUGAAUCGUCACCGGACCCCAUUACCCUAGACCCAACUCCGGUCCCGCCCCUACCCCGACGAUCGAGACGAGCGAACAUCGGAAUCGCGCCCAAUCGAUACCAUGACCCAAAGCAGAAACACCUCGCCGUCGAGUACGAGAAACGAGAGCGAGACAUUCAACGCGCAGCCAAGAGGGCGAACGCGAAGGAUUCAGGCGGUAAUAAUAUGACGGAGGGUGAGGGACAGGGGUCUGCGGGACCUAGUGCAAUGUCUGCGACAGCUGAUGUGUCUGCGUCAAAGAUUGACAUUGACGAGCCAUUUCUCUACAAUGGGAAGCCCCUGUAUGCAAAGGACGUUGACCUGCCAUCUACGUACAAACAAGCACAGAAGAGCCCUUUCUGGCCUCAAUGGCUAGACGCUAUGCAGAGACAACUGGGUGAUCUCGUGGCUAAAGACACAUGGAGUCUGAUUCUUAAGCCACCAAAGGCUAAGAUACUGCCAGGUCAAUGGCGAUUCACUGUCAAGUCCAAUACCAGAGACGAAGUCUAUGAAUUCAAAGCACGAUGGGUCGUGUGUGGAAAUUUCCAAGAUAAGAACGACGGGGAAACAUAUGCUCCUGUCGUCGCCGAGUGCAUGAUCAAGAUCGUUUUCACACUGAUUGCAGUGUAUGGUCUGAAAUGGAGACAGGUUGACUUCACCGCCGCAUAUCUCAACGCGUCGCGAGAACAUGUGGAGACAGUCUACAUGAGACAACCCACAGGUUUUGAGCAUGCAGAUGCACAAGGAGACAAGAACCAAUGGGUGUGUACACUCAAUCAAGCGCUCUUCGGACUACGUGACUCUGCUUUCCUAUGGAACGAAGAGAUGGACUGCAAACUACGUCAGAUUGGCUUUCGUCCGCUGGACGAUGAUCCCUGCGUUUAUGUCAAAGGCAAAGGCAUGGGGUUGACUAUCAUGAUGAUCCAUGUGGAUGACUUCAUCAUUGCAGCGCCUACUGACAAAGAGAUUGAGAACGUCGUCAACGAGCUCCGUCAACACUACGAUCUGAAGGAUCUUGGUGAACCGAAGCAGUAUCUGAACUGUGCGCUACACAGGGAUUAUGACAGACGUACGAUCACUAUGUCACAGAAGGCCUACGUACAGAAGGUACUACGGACAGCUCAAGCCUCUGGCUGGAAGGAUACACCAUUACCAGCAGCAUGGAGAGAAACACCAGCUGACGCAACCAACGUACUGGAUGACGAAGCAUUUGAUCAAUAUCAAUCCAUCGUGGGUAUGUUAAACUGGCUGGCAGUCAAAACCCGACCAGACAUACGAUUCGCAGUGACACGUUUGCAACACCGACUGGCAAACCCCACUCUCACUGACUUCGACGCAAUGCAACAUGUGGUGAAAUAUCUAAGGAGACGACCGGACAUCGGAAUUGUACUGGGUCGAACUGACGAGCUUCGCUUUUACGCACAUGCAGAUGCUUCACAUGCGGACUGGGAGGAUAGUAAAUCGACAGAAGGAUGUGUCUGGUACCUCGCCGGAUCACCAGUCAUGUGGUCUACGAAGAAGCAGACAAUUACGGCUAAUUCGACGACAGUUGCAGAAUGGUGUGCACUGGAUCAACCUUGCCGAGACGCAAUGUGGUUGAGCAAAAUUGCAUAUUCAUUCAUGCUUCCGGAGCAGCGUCCGACGGAGAUCUACACUGACAACAUCAAUUCUCAAUUGCUGAUCUCGAAGAAAGGAGGAAAAUCGGCGAACAGAUGGCUCAAUUUACGUUACUUCUUUGUCAAGGAUGCAGUGGCACAAGGACACGUUGAGAUUCAUCGUGUGGACACUAAGAGAAAUGCCGCAGACGGGUUUACUAAGGCUCUGGCAAAAGACCAAUUCGAGGUUUUUACUGAGCUAAUUGGCAUGUGCUAA